GUGAGCACUGACUUCAUCACAGUGUGGCCCCUUGGAGGACUUGCCUCUGACAACAGCCUUUGAGAAUCCUGGAUAGAGGAUCAUCCUUCUUUCUACUCUGAGAGCUAGGACCCAGUUGUGAGAAGCACAGGGUCUGCUCCACUGAGGGGACUUCUCAGGAUUCCUCAGCAUUCCAGGUGCCAGCGACACCUGCUCUCCAGCUGACAGUCCUACCUGUUGUCCCUGACCUCAGUCAUCAUGCCCCGGGGACACAAGAGUAAGCUCCGUGCUCAAGAGAAACGUCGCCAGGCCCGAAGUGAGAACCAGGCUGCCCAGGAUGCUCAGGCUCCAGGGGCACAGGGAGGGGAGGCCCCAUCCUGCUGUGGUCUCUCUGAGGAAGCUGCCCCCAGGUCCUCUGUAGGCCUUGUUCCCCAGAAGUCACAGGGUACUCCAUCCCCUACUAGCGCCACUGGUGUUACUACACCAAAGAUGUCUGGGAGAGGUGCCAAGAAUAGAGGGAGGGAAAGGGAACCUUCCCCUGUGGCCACAGUGCCCACCAAGUGCUCAGAAAAAGAGCUUCUAAUGAAGAAGGCAGGAAUGUUGAUCCACUACCUGCUGUACAAGUAUCAAAUGAAGGAGAAAGCAGUGAAGGCUGAAAUGGUGAAGAUCCUGCAUAAAAGGUUCCGUCCGCAAUUCCCUGAGAUCCUACGAGUGACCAUUGUAUGGGCAGAGCUGCUCUUUGGCCUUGAGUUGAAGGAAGUCAAGCGUGGUGGUGGCUGCUAUACCCUUGUCAAAAAGUUGAAUGACUCCAACUUUGUGGGCUCAAUCAGUGGCUUGGAUAUCCCCAUGAAUGGGCUUCUGAUGCCACUUCUUGGGGUGAUCUUCUUAAAAGGGAAUUCUGCUUCUGAAGAAGAGAUCUGGGAAUUCCUGAAUAUGAUGGCAAUCUAUGACACCAAGGAGCAUAUAAUCUUUGGUGAGCCACGCAAGUUCAUCACUAAAGAUCUGGUGCAGAAGAAGUAUCUGGUGUACCGCCAGGUGCUUCUAAGUGAUCCUCCACGCUAUGAGUUCCUGUGGGGUCCACGAGCACACAGCGAGAUAAGCAAGAUGAAAGUCCUGGAAUUUUUGGCCAAGGUUAAUGAAACUGUUCCCACAGCCUUCCCAUGCCAUUAUGCAGAGGCUUUGAGAGAGGAGGAAGUGAGGGCCCAAGCUGCAGCUGCAGCCAGCCAUGGAGCUGCAGUUCUGUCUCUUCCUGCUCCGGGGGAAACCUCUAACAUAAUGCCCUAGUGAGAUGGGUACGCUGAGGCUUCAUUUUUUUUUUUAUAAAAGCUACUUUACCUUAUAUCUAGUUAGAGAUUAACAUAGGGCUAGAGAUGUCAUUAAGUAUUCCUGUGUGCCUCUGUCACAUUAGCCUCUGUCAAAUUCAUUGAUGAGAACAUUACUUUAGUUUUAGAACCCAUGAUUUUGAGUAACAUAGAUUACAAUCAUAGUGUUAGUAUUACAUUGAAAUGUUGUAGUAUUACUCUCCUUUAAUACUCUUUAACAUUCUUUGAAAAUGUCUUGUUUUCAGAAUAAAACCAUGGUUUUGAAAGCAAGAUAUAUCUUAUAAAUAUGUAAAACCCCCACCAAAUGUAAUCAAAGUCUGAGUACAUCAAAGCAAUGGA